AUGAAUACCAGCAAAUCUAUUAGUUUGUGCUCAACAAACAUAGAAAUAUAAAAUUACUCAGCAAAUAGCUAAAAAGAAAGUUUUGAAUAUGUUCUAUUAUCCAAUUCAAUAGAAUAAAUAGAUGAAUAUUCAGUUAAUUUUGAAUAUGACACAGAAAAGAAUUUGAGUAGGCUAAAUAAUUUUAACAAGAAUGCAGCUGGAUAAAUGUUUAAUAAUCGCUCAUAUAUACAAAAAUCACAAUUCGAUAGCUUACAAAAAUAAAUUAAAAGAAAAGAUAAUCCGCAAUUAUUAGAAUAUAAAAUCUUGUAGAAGUAAUUUGACCAGAUGAACUCAUACUAAGAAAUGAUUCUAUCAAAUAUUCCUUCAAAUAACCAAGACUCAUAAAGAUAAGGGAAGUAAAUGUGUCAUUAAUAACGCUAAUAAAAAAACCAGGCAAGUAAUAAACAGAACAAGAGCUUAACUUAGUUUUAAAGUUAAAUAAUAGGUCAAGAUGAUAAUAGAUAAAUGAAUUAAAAAUAUGUUUCUAAAAACUCUAUAAAUUUACCGAAGACAAACAACAGAGGAUAGUAUGGGAAUUAGAAUUCUUACACAUAAAUCUAUGAAUUAAAAUCAUUAGAUCAAAAGAAUUAAUAACAAAAGAUCAUAAACUAACGCAAAAGAAAUUCUUAAACUAAAAGUUCUACUUCUAUAGAGUUAGAAUCUAAUCAUCGAAAAAAUCUGAAAUCAAAAAAAUCUAUUGAUGAAAGAGAUUCUUCUGAAAAUAAUUAGAGAGAUAUUCUUAUUGCUAUUUUGAAUGUACUAAUAGAUAUGAAAAAUAAUUUUCAUAAUGAUAUGUAAGGUUUACAAAAUAGUAUUUUAAGAGUGGAAAAUAGUAUUUUAAGAGUGGAAAAAAGUAUUUUAAGAGUGGAAAAAAGUAUUUUAGGAGUGCAAGAAAGUAUUAAAUUGAUGGCUAAAAGUUAAGAUAAAUGCCAUGAUUAAAAUAUGAAUAAACUUAAUCUUACUCUUUACUGCUUAUAAGAAUUAGUUCCAAAAGAAAAUACUAAUUUGAGAAGAUAAAUAUAUGCUGGCAUAAAUGAACAUUAUCGUAGACUAUACUGA